UUCUCGGAGAAUGCCAGAGAUACUCUGUAAUGGCGUCAGGUUUGCCUGGCCAGCUGAUAUGUCAUAAUAUGGUGUGGGAAGUGAAAACACAGUCAGUCCCUCAGAGAGUUCAGGAAGUUCAGACACAGAGCUCAGGUAUGGAUGAGGCCUUUGACCUGCUCAAGUGCAACGAGCACCUGCCAUCCUCACCUGGAUACCCUUCUAACGAAAGCCACAUGGAGUACGAUGACCUACCCGAGCUACAAGAGGUACAGGAUGACCAGUCAACGCCAGGCGUGUUCCAGGUGGCCUCGGGCGUGUCACAUGUGGAAGGGCCAGGUGAGGGGUGGAGCUCCAGAUCAGAGCAUACAAACUGGCUGACGGAGCUGGCCAACAUCGCCACAAGCCCCCAAAGUCCCUUGCUCCAGAACGGCCCACACAAUCGGUCUUCUCCAGUCCACAUUUUCUCCAGCAGUAGCAGUUUACAUUCCUAUGCGAGACCCCCUCUGUCUUCCAGCAGCGCCCCCAGCCCCGCCCGCAGCCAUAUGAGAGAGCGCCGUCGCACCAGGGCUAGCAGUGAGUCGGAAUCAGGAAUUUUCUGUAUGUCCUCUCUAUCCGAUGAUGAUGAUCUUGGAUGGUCUCAUUCCUGGCCCUCAACUGCCUGGCACUGUUUUCUGAAAGGAACGCGUCUACGCUUCCAUAAAGGUGUGAACGUGGAGUGGCAGGAUGCAGAAGAUGUGCUGGAUUCUGAUGAAGAUUCUGAUGACGAGGGAGGAACCCAGGCAAACCCAAAAAAGAGUUUCGGCUCAGAGGGUCUAAAGCUCAUGGCCUUUGAGGAGACUGUGUCUUUCGGUCAGUCUGUCCUGAAAUUAACCUUUGACCCUGGUUCCACUGAAGCAGGGCUUCUGACUGCUGAGUGCCGUUUGGACCAUCCAUUUUUUGUGAAAAAUAAAGGGUGGUCUUCCUUUUAUCCGAGCCUUACCGUUGUGCAGCAUGGUAUUCCCUGCUAUGACGUGCAGGUUGGAGACUUGUGUCUUCCGCCGGGACACCGUGACGCCAUCAACUGUGACGAUUCAGUAGUUUUUGACACUUUUAGAAGUUAUGACUUCACUCCUCUGGACUCGUCCGCCGUGUAUGUUUUGAGCAGUAUGGCACGCCAGCGCCGGGCCUCCCAGUCCAGCGGGGGCGCUGUGAGUCCCGACUGUGACAAACUUGAGGCCUGUGGCUCCUCCCACCACUCCCCCAGCAGCAAAUCACAGCGCAGCCACGCAUCAGGGAGCUCUGGAGCCACGCCCACAAAGUGCAAGCGGCCAAUGAAUGCCUUCAUGCUAUUUGCCAAGAAAUACAGAGUGGAAUACACGCAAAUGUACCCUGGCAAGGACAACAGAGCCAUCAGCGUGAUUCUGGGCGAUAAAUGGAAGAAGAUGAAGAACGAGGAGAGGAGAAUGUACACCAUGGAGGCGAAAGCUCUAGCCGAGGAGCAGAAACGACUUAACCCUGAUUGCUGGAAACGCAAGAGAACUAACUCGGGCUCUCAGCAGAACUAGCCUGAGGGUCAUCCCAAAAACAUGAACUGGACAGCAGGAGACGGAUGCCAAUACACAUUCUCUCGAAAGAGUGAUCAACCGCAACUGUGAUGCUAUACGUACUUGCUAUAGAAAAAAAAUUAGUCUUUGCGAUAAAACUUUGUGAGAAGAAUACGUACGAAAAGUAAACAUUAAAAAUAUACAAAACGGAAGGUAAAUCAUAUAUGUUCUAUAUAAAAAAAUGUAAUCUAUUCAACUAACAGUGCUUAUGUAUUUUUCUAAUCCUUAAACAAUCUCGAGAAUGCCUUAUUCUUCCAAAGUCAGACAACGCUCAGUUCUACUUUCAGGUAUUUUCGUAUUUUUACGCUUGAAAGGUGCAACCCUGUGGUGCUAUUUUACUGAGGCAGAAGGAGCGAUAUAUACAAAUAAUGUCUAUUUUUAAAUGUAAAAAGGGGAAAUUUAGACGUUAGCUUGUUUUUUCAGCUGUUCAUGUUAAUUAUAUUUGUAUAACUCAACUUACUGCACAGACUGAAAUGUAUUGCAAAUGACGAAUGCUGUUGAAUUUAAUAUGACACCAGUCCAGCCUAGGCCAUAUUCACUGUGUGUGUCUGCAUACCAGUGUGUGUGUGUGUGUUUAGACGUCUAUCCAUAUUGCCAUAUUGUACAUGGAUAGUCACACAUGUGAGUACACACGUGUACAGUGGCGCACACAUCUGUCACAUACAGCACUUCAGGGCCAUGCCUUCACUUUAAGUGUUAUUGUUUUUGCACUUUAUAUUCAUUUAUACCCUGAUACAACCAAUAAAUGUAUACAAGCUGAAAUGUUGUGUAAAAAAUAUAUAUAUCAUGAUAGGAUGUAUCCUUUGACACAAUCACGGCCAAACUCAGUGAUGCGUUUUGCGGGUUUGCCAUUAGAUUGCAUUGAAAAUUACAUUUUUUGUUAAUAUUGUACAGGUCCACGUUCCCAUCCAUUUCUUGCACAAACUAUUCUUGUAUCAUAUUAUAAAUAAAAUUUUAAACCUGCUAUCCUAAA